AUGAUCGAUCAAACAGCUAUUAUGAUGAUUUUACAUGAUAACUUUUCUAAAAUUACUGCACUUGAGAUUAUGCUCGCGAAACUGAAUACGCAAGAUAACUGGAGCUCACAGCAGCUAAUCAGUUUGUUGCACCAAGCAAGUAAAGCUCGAGAGUGCGUGGGAAUCACUUUUGCUCUAAGGUACGUUAGGAAGGACGAAUUAAAGACUGCAAGCGCCAGUUAUGAAAGAGAUUGCUCAAACCCAAACUACUUAUCAGGUGGUAGAACAAAUGAAGAUAAA